UUGGAACUGUGUGGGAAGAAGACAUGGGAGGAGCUUGCAAAGUAUAAACUUGGACGUUUCCAAGCAGUGGAGAGCCUCAGCACGGUAAACGAUGCCAAAAGUAAAUGAAGAGGAUGAAUGCACCGUCGCAUUAACAGAACAUUUGGCGGAUAUUUUUUAAAGUUCAGUCUUCUGGAACAUCUGCGAGACGCCAGCAGCCCAGGAACUGACGCUGGGAUCAACUGUUCGGGUGCACUGGAGCUGGACUCGGUGUGGCAUGCGUGGAUCAAAUAUUCCUGCAUAGUCCAAAUACACUCUCUUGAACUAAAAGAAAGAAAGCGAACUUAUAUCGUAAGAUGAUCUGCUUAUUGUUUUUGUUCCACUGUGCUGCCGGCGUGUUGUCGUCUUCAACCCAGGUGGCUACAAUCUACCCUCAAGACCCGGCCCUUCCAAUCGGCUCCAGCCUGACAGCCACAUGCUCAGUGAAUCCAGACCACGGCGUUCACGCAGGCUCUCUCUACUGGACGCUGAACGGAAAACGUCUUCCCAGCAGCACCUACAGCAUUCUGAGCCCCACCGUGCUCAGCGUCACCCUCCCGCGGCUCUCUGGGUCCCGCCAGCGCUCCGGAGACAACCUUGUGUGCCAUAACAGCGGGGGUCAUGUGCUGGCCGGCUCCUGCAUCUAUGUUGGCAUGCCUCCUGAGAAACCUGUGAAUCUUACCUGCUGGUCCAGGAACACUAAAGACCUCACCUGUAGAUGGGCCCCUGGGGGCCAGGGGGAAACCUUCAUCAAGACAAAAUACACACUUAAAUAUAAGCUCAGGUGGUACGGACGAGAAAAGGAGUGUGAGGACUAUAGCACGGGAGAUCCAUAUACAUGCUACAUCCCCCGCGACCUCGCCCUCUUCACGCCCUACGAGAUUUGGGUGGAGGCCUCCAACCAACUCGGAACCGCAACAUCUGACGUCAUCUACUUGGAUAUCUUAGACGUGGUGACGACAGACCCUCCGACUGAUGUGACCGUGAGCCGAGUGGGCGACCUGGAGGACCAGCUGACUGUGCGCUGGGGGACACCGCCUGCACUAAAAGACUUCCUCUUCCAGGCCAAAUACCAGAUCAGAUACAGACUGGAGGAAAGCAGCGACUGGAAGGUGGUGGAUGAUGUUGGGAACCAGACUUCCUGCAGGCUCGCAGGGUUGCGGCCAGGCACGGUGUAUUUCGUGCAGGUGCGCUGUAAUCCGGUUGGGAUUCUGGGAUCGAGGAAAGCAGGCAUUUGGAGUGACUGGAGUCACCCAACUGCAGCCUCGACACCACACAGUGAGCGGCUGCUGACAGGGUCGUGUGACUCGAAGGUGGGGCAGCAGAACUCCACGUUGCGGCGGGAUUUGAAGCAGUUCUUUGGCUGGGUGCGCAAGCACGCCUACGGUUGCAGCGGUAUGAGUAUCAAACUUUACGAUCAGUGGCGGGUCUGGCUGCAGAAAUCUCACAAAACCCGCAACCAGGUAGCUUCGGUUUCUUCAACUGUUAUGCCAGGAAUAUUUGCUCUCAUAACACCGCGAGGCUGGAUCCAAGCCCUUGAGUUAUUGGAGUUGCCCGGGUUAAUUGAAUUAAAGCGCUUCUGAUGUUAUUGUACUGAGUUUCCUGUGUUUUGCUCGGUAACCACAGAAGUAAAUAACAUGAGGCGACUCAUAUGAUUUCAGGUAACUUUUCAUAAACCGUCGUAGUAAAUUUAAAUAAACUUGAAGAAUGAAGUUCUGCACGCCGAAUAUCAUUCAACAUAUGUGUUCGGUUCUGUCAGAUUCCACAGUAAUUUUGUUGGGGAAAUGACAGGGAUUGUCCUUCACUCCAGAGAAUAUUCUCAGCUUCUUUCAUGUGUCCCUGGUGUGUUGCGGUCUGUGUUUUAUAUGAAAAAAAAAAAAACAUGACUCAAAUGCAUCUGGAAAGUACUGUCUUCGUAUUAGAUGAUCCGCCGGUACGUCAUGACAAGACCAACAUGAGAUAAACCCGUAGCAAUUACACUAAGAAGAUGUUCCAAAUCUCUGAACCGCAAAUGUCACUCAGGAACACAAAAUCAGUUUUAAAUGAUGGGUGCAAUGAGGGUGCAAAAAAAUCUAAAUAUUGAGAAAAUCGCAUUUAAAGUUGCAAAAAAUAAAUUUUUAGCAAUGCAUUUUACUAAUCAAAAAUGCGGUUUUGAUACAUGUACGGUAGGAAAUGUACAAAUGGGACAUGAUCUCUACUUAAUUUCCUAAUGAUUUUUUGGCAUAAAAUCAAUCAGUUUGACCCAUACAAUGUAUUUUUGACUAUUGCUACAAAUACACCCAAGCUACUCACGACCGAAGUCACAAAUAUGCUUUUUAACUCUAAUUUUUUGCCAUCGCUCUCCGUGUCGAACUCGUGAUCUCGGGUUGUUUUUGAAUGGCUAUUUGAAGCCUUUCAUGUUCUUUGGGCGUUUAUCUGAUUACUGUAAUAUUGUCUGCUUUCAGGUUCUUCAAGGAGAUAAAUCAUAGCACGUCGCUCCUGGCAGGCAGAACAUUUAACAACAACAGCACACUGUGGAAGAAUUCACAUUUUCCAGACUGCUGCUUGGCUCAGUGCAAAGUACAGCUGGACUCAAAACAGGAUGUUCAAACAACAAAAGGUGACGGGCAUUUGGUCCCUGGGACACAGAUUCGAUUGUGCAGUUAAAAUGCCUUAUUAUACAGGAAAACAAACUGUCUUUGAUAAUAGCCACCGAGAUCACGUGGACUAUAUCCUCGCAACUCGCUGUCUGCGGAGAGUUCUUGAUCGUGUCGGGGAGCAUUUAAUUAAAGGUCAUAAUUUGCACAUUUACUGAUGACUAUGCCCGAGCCAUGCUUAGCCGACGUGACACAUGGUCUGUAUGUGGACAUGGUCUAUAUCGCUAACUUUAGCUGACCUGUAUGUUAAAGAGGUUCCUCGUGGACAAAUGGAAAACGUCUGAACGUUUUUUCAGCCAGCGUUUUGUGUAACUUCAAGAACAACUGGAAUAAUAUUAAGACCAUCCAGUUCUACCAAAGGUACCUUUCAUGAAUGUUUGAGUGACUUCAGCAGUUUACCUAAAAACCUGACUGGCAUACCUCACAGAACAUCUUGCCUCUUUUUAGUCUCCUGUUUAUGUAAGUAAUAAUGCUGAACAUAUCAAUACAUAGAAAAAAGUCCCACUGCAGUCGUAAAGGAGGACCUACAGAUGUACGCUAUAUUCCGGAUCAACACUACGACAAAGUUAACAUGUUGGAACCCCAGAGUGGACUCAGAAAAAUGGCCUUUUAAAGUACGGAGAGGAAGAUUUGGCCAACUAAUGUUGUUUCUCAUGUUUAUAUAUGUGGUGCAGUUACAAAACUGUAACUGUGUUUGUAGCAUUGAACUGUUUGAAAAUAAUUUUAUGUAUUGAGACAUUUUACUGCUUUUAUUUUUGUACUGAAUUGUAUCCGCAUAUUUAAAUUUAAAGUUAUGUUUUGACUCUUAAGUUAUGUGUAGGUAGAUUAUAUUAUUUUUGACUGAAUUGUUAAACCCUAAUAUGUUCAUAAAAUACUUCUUUAAGAAAAAACAUGA